AUGAAUGCAAACUUCCCAGAGCCACACAUCCACCUCCCGCAAGACCCUCACACCCACACAGCCAUCCUCCUUCACGGCCGCGGCAGCAACGGGCCCGAAUCCGCCGAGGAACUGUUUUCCUCUUCGACAUCGGCGGGUCAAAAUCUUCCCUCCCAUCUCCCAACCUGGCGCUGGGUAUUUCCCACCUCCAAAGACCUCUGGAACGAUCGCUUCCAGGAGGAGCUAUGUGCCUGGUUCGAUGCGUAUUCUCUAGAUGAUAUCACUGAGCGCCGGGAAUCACAAGUUCCUGGAUUGCGGGAAUCUGUCUCUUAUGUUCUUGAUGUCUUGGGAAAAGAGUUGGAGCUUCUUAAUGGCAAGACCACACAUGUGUAUCUAGGUGGGAUUAGUCAGGGCAUGGCAACCGCAAUGUGGACUUGGUUUUGCGCGAGUAGCAAGGUGCAAGGGAGUUUGGGGGGAGUCUUGGGCUUUUGUGGAUGGAUGCCGUUUGCGGAGAGGUUUGAGUAUGGGGAUUUGGAUCGAGGGGGGCGGCUGGUUGAGUUUUGUUCGGAGGUUGUGGGGUUUCUGCGGGUGAGGAUAUGA